AUGAUGAUAAACAAUUUCCUAAAGAAAACUUUUUAAAUCUUCAAAUAUAAAAAUUAAAUGAAGGCAAAAAAAUCCUCAUUUUUUAGAGAUUUUUUUGAAAAUCAAGGACAAAAGAUAUUUUUAUAUUGGAUUCUUAGAAGUAACAGAAAAAUAAUAACUAUAGAUGAAGAUGUUAGUCAAAUAACUGUUAGAUCAUAUUCAACCUGUAAGAGUUUGAUUUCCUGA